AUGAGUGAUAUAAAAGUAUCAAAAGGACUGCGAUUUGCUGACACUUCGGCUUCAAUCGAGAUCUUAAGGGAAGAGAGACUUAAUAGAAGUCGACAUUUCCUUAAACAACUCAAUUGGGAUAACUAUGAAAGGAUUAGAUUUGUUGGUAAAGGUGCGUUCGGAACGGCUGUCCUCUACAGGAAACGAUCGGAUGAUAUGCUAGUUGUGCUCAAAGAGAUUAAUAUGAAUGACUUGAAUGCCACCGAAAGACAGUUAGCGAUCAAUGAAGUAAAAGUGUUGUCAAUAUUAAACAAUCCAAACAUUAUUAGUUAUUUCGACAGUUUUGAAAGUAAUGGUAAUCUGUAUAUAGAGAUGGAGUACGCGGACGCCGGCACUCUGGCCGAGCUAUUGGCACAACUCAACCAACCCUUACAUGAAUACGAAAUACUUCUCAUAUUUAGACAAAUUGUUUGUGCAAUCAAUUAUUUGCAUCAAAAUAAUAUAUUACACAGAGAUAUCAAAACGGCUAAUAUUUUUCUUAACAAAGAAGGAUAUAUUAAAGUCGGAGACUUUGGUAUUUCAAAGAUGUUGACCACUAAACGUGAGGCCGAAUCAGUAGUCGGAACGCCUUAUUAUAUCAGUCCUGAAAUUUGUGAGGGCAAGAAUUAUAAUCAGAAAUCGGAUAUAUGGGCCUUGGGUUGUGUUCUCUAUGAAAUGGCGUGUUUACACAAAACAUUUGAGGGAUCUAACCUCCCUGUCCUCAUUAAUAAAAUAGUUAAGGGUCAGUUUGCUCCCAUCAGACGUAACUAUUCAGCAAAGUUUCGUAAUUUAAUCAAUGAGUUGCUGCACAGGGAUCCCAAUAUGAGACCGACCGCACAGCAAGUGUUGGACACACUGGUCGGUCAGCUAAAUAAGUUACAGUUGGAUAGGAUUCAGAUGUGGUCUCAAUAUCAAGAAAUGCCGACUUCAGUCAUCACGUCUGGUAUUUUGAUCCAAAAUAGUAGUUCAUUACAAUAUCCCCGAUCGACUGUAUAUGAGGUGCUUAUUGGGGAACCACAUAUCAAAUUGUCACCACUAUUAUUACCCCCUAAAAUCAGAAUCAAAGAGAUAAGCAAAAGUUUGACACAUUUUUUAGCUCUGACUUAUAACUCUGUUGUAUAUUCAUGGGGUAACGGAUCCAAAGGCCAGUUAGGUUUGGGUGAAUCGAUUCGUUUCUCAUCAAAACCAGAAUGUAUUGAAUCAUUGCGUAACCGCAAUAUAGUCCGCAUUUGUGCCGGCGAUGGCUUUAGUGUCUUCAUCAGCAAAAACGGUUUAGUUAUGACUUGUGGUGAUAAUCAAAACCGAUGUUUGGGUAGAAACGAAACGGUGCCCUCUUUUACACCUAAAUUGGUCGACACAUUGCUUAGCGCUGAUGUUUCGACUGUCAGUUGCGGUACAAAUCAUGUGUCAAUUGUGACCGGAGAUGGAAAGGCAUAUUCGUGGGGAUAUAAUAUUGAUGGCAGACUUGGUGUCAAUUUGCACAACAACUUUGUCGAUAUACCCACUGGUGUUGUAUUUUAUGAAGACGUUUGUAUAAAAAAUGUUUUCUGUGGUCCCGACGCCACAGCCUUUAUUGACGACAAGGGAUUUGUGUGGAUGUCUGGCAAUAACUCAUAUAAUAAACUGGGAUUUAAUGAAAAACAUUAUUUUAAGACCAUUAAAGUUAGUCAAAUGUGGUCUCCAUUUAAAUUAAAAUGGAUUAAACAAAGAGUACUCUCAGUAUCAUUGAGUUUGACGAACUCAGCACUUGUUGUAGAAGAUGGACAAGUGAUCACUUGUGGACUUAAUAGUGACGCACAGUUAGGUUUAGGUCAUGUGAGGCCAUCGCAUAAAGCCAGUGUCGUUAACCAAUUAUCACAACAAACUAUAAUUAGAGUGCAAACGGGUUCGGCAUUUAUGGUGGCCUCCAAUGCCGAAAAUGUUAUUUACUUUUGGGGCGCACGACCUGUCAAUCCAUUGCCAACAAUUGAUAUUGAAAAAUCAGAGAAUCACUUGACAUCUGAUACAAUAAAAUUAGGAGAAUGUAAUCAAUCGUUGAUGAAUGUGGUAGAGAUUGUUGGUCCGGAUCACCCUAUUGUCCAAAUACGUGAUCCAAAGAUAAUAAUUGAUAAUCUUCACGAUCUUUCACUAUUGAAUCUAACGAAUAAAGCCAUUAUACUUAAGCCACAGCCUAUUAUAUCAUUAUAUUCAUCACCAGUUCAUCUCUAUCAGGGAGAGGUUGUAGGACUGGCCAAUCUAUAUGUAUUUUUAGAUGACACGGUUUAUGUUGUUAUUGACACAACUAUUCCAUUAAAUGAAGAUAAUUAUGAAUCUAUAGAACAAACACCAGUUUUGUCAACAGUUCCAGAGGAAGACAACCUAACAAUUAAAGACACAAAUACUAGAGAAAAUAGUAAUUCAUUGACAUAUCUCAGCCAAAAUAUUCCCGAAUGGAUUCUCCAAGAGAUGGACGACCAGACAAACAAUACUUUCAUUGAAUUGCAAAACCUUAGUUCAAUUGGUGACACAAUCGGCAUCAAUGAUAACACUUUUAUAUGUCCGCAAUCCUGUGACUGUCAUCAAGAAAUCAAUAAAUUAAGACAAAAAUUACAAGAAAAACAAAACACAAUUCUUAGUCUUCAAACUCUUUGUUGUGAAUUAGAGAAUCAAAACCAACUCUUGAAAAGAAGACAACAGGAGUUCAGUCAAAAGUUUCGGCCAAUGAUUUGUAGUCAACAGUGCUGUCAUAUAAUGUGA